AUGGCGGAUCGAUACGGCCAACCGAAUCAACAAGAUUUCCAUGACUUUGACCAAAUCAAGCCCGAAAACCGCUUCGAUACCAGCAAAGGAGGUGCCAAUGAAAAUGGCAAUAUCCAAAAACAGAUAGAUACUGCACGCAAUAUUACAGAUCGGAGGAAUUUAGAGCGAGGUUCGACGAGUUCCUCUACUGUGGAUAAGAAUAAGAAUCGCCCGGUAAAAGAUCGAACCCCUCCCGCAGCCGAUGACAAAGGAACAAGCACCAAGCGUCAGAAAACGUAG